AAGAGAGGAAGAGGCAGGGAGAGGAGGAGGGGAGAGAAGAGAGGAAGAGGAGGGAGAAGUAUUGGAUUUGAGCUUGCCUAAAAAGAGAGAGAUCAAGGAGAGGAGCCUUUGGCAUGAGAGCUCACUGCUUAUGGAGGUAGAUGAGGUAGAGGGGGAUGGAGAUAGGGACAUAGUAGAGGAAGAUGAUGGUGAUGAUGAAGAGGAUUCUAUAUUGAGAGGGGAUGGAGCUGACAUUUUUGGGGGACCUCUCCUGUCUCCCUCGUUCUUCUCUACCUCCGUUUUCACCUCCCUCUCUUCCAUAGACUGUGACAGUGAAGGUCUUCUCCUGAUAGAUGACCAGGGUAUUCCAUACACACUCACCCCUGAAGGGCACAAAGUGCCCCAAAUAGACUCUUCCAGGCCAGACAACCCCCCCUCAAGCCAGCCAAUGGUGCAGUCCAGCUCAUUGGCGGUAGAGGAUGACAGGUUGUCUCAUAUAACCACAGCAGGGGUCACUUACCUCAGCCAAAGUUUAGUAAAAACUACACACACACACAAGGAAAACACAUGUCCCGCUCCUGUUACAUCUAUGAAACCUUCACAGAAGUCAGAACUUCUCAAAAAUAAAGAACACUCAAAGAACCCAGAACUCUUACAGAAUGUGGAACCCCCUAAGGUUCUAGAUUCAGGUGUGAAAGCUGUCAGUGAGGCUAGUGCUGCUGUUUCCCAACCUUCUAGUUCUGCUGUACCCCUCCAACCCCCUCAGCCCAUCCAGAUCCUGACUAACCCCUCCUCCAACACCCCCAUCCUCCUCUUCCCCUCCUCCCCCCAGCUCUCCUCCACUACCCUAACCAAGACUGAUACCAACCCAGGCCUCCUGGCCUUCUCUCUCCCCCCCUCCCUCACCCAGAACUCCCCCAGCACCUCCACCUCUAUGUUACUCCUCCUCUCCUCCUCCACUACCUCUUCCUCCGGUCAGUCUUUCUCUACCUCCACACCCAUCGCUCUCAUUGACCCCUCCACCGGUCAGCUCUCCCAAAUCACUGCCUCCUCUUCAUGCUCUCUUUCUCUUUCAUCCUCUCUUUCUCUCUCUCUCUCUUCUGGUCAGAUCGCCACAUCAAGGUCAUCCCUCCCUUCCAAUCCCUCCCACCCAGUUAUUAGAUUGACACCCAACAACUCCCCUACCAUCCUAUCAAGAGAGAGUCCCAGCGUAAACCCUCCCGCCCCCCUGACCUCCCCCUCUGUGGUCUCCUCCCUUCCCUACAAGCAGUCCAGUGCUGAUGGCAGUUCUAAAGCAGUUCCACUCAGCUCACCUCCUCACAAACACAUUGAACCAAACUGUUGUGACCCCAACCCUGAUCAUCAGUCACUAUCUACUGAAGAAACUCAAAUGGAGUCUGUUCCAAAUGGGUCAUCUCCUACUAAAGCCCUUACACACCCGCAAUCCCCUUCUCUGUCCUUUGACUUCAGUUUGGAGGCAUCCGACCAAUCAAAAGCCCCAGAGUCAAAGCACACCUCCCUCCCAUGGGACGACCAUCUCUACUUCUCCUCCUCCACCGCUCCUCCCUCCCCUCCCCUCGCCCCCAUCUUCCCCUCCAGCGGACCCGGUAACCUGGACCCCCUGGACCCUCUGGACCCCCUGUCCCCAGCCUCCUCUCCAUCCUCUGGGCCACGAAGGGUCCUCUACUGCCCUCUCUGCCCCAGGAUCUUCUACUACCUGUCUGACCUGGAGCGUCACUCCAUCACCCACUCUCAGAACAAGCCCCAUGUCUGCCUGCAGUGUGGCAAGGCCUUCAAACGCUCCAGCCAUCUGCAGAGACACAAGCACAUUCACACGGGCGAGAGGAACUUUGUGUGCCCCAUCUGCUCCAAGCGCUUCAGGGAGGCGGGCGAGCUGCAGCGCCAUCAGAGGGUACACACAGGAGAGAAGCCCUACCAGUGCCCGCUGUGCCACACACGCUUCGCCGAGCGCAACACCCUGCGUCGACACACCAAACGCAAACACCCUUACCACCAGGCAGCUAUGGAGAUGCUGACAGAGAGAGGAGGAGGAGGAGGGGGGGGAGGAGGGGAUGAAGAUGAGGGUACAGAAGAGUGGUAUAGUUCCAAUGUGUCCAACUUGGACAACUCUGACUCUGAACCAGAUUCUGAGGUCAUUUCCUGAUGCUGAUCCUCUUGAAUAAAGGGAAGGAGAAGAGAAGGAGGAGGAGGAAAGGAGGAGGAGGAGGAGGAGGAGAGCAAAGGUGGUGUAGCUUCACUGUGUCCAACUUGGACAACUCUGACACUGAAAGGGACUGAAACAGACUUUUUAAUGAUAAGUACGUGAAUGGUACUUUCCAAUGAGAACAUUGGUUAUAUUUAUUUAUACAUUUCUCUUGAAUGUAUUUUAUUUCCAUUCCCUUACAUGGUCCGAAAAUGAUCACUGAUCUCACAAACCAUUUCCCAUCAAGUAUUCCUUCGAUUUUCGUCAUUUCCACAACUAUAGGGCGGAAAAUGUUCAUGGACAUUCUAAAAAGGUCACCCUUUGACAUUCUGCUAUAACAAUAGAUUAGCACUACCAAAGUACUAAAAAUGAUGUUGUAAAAAGCGCUGUCACUAUGUUUUAUUGUAACAUUGUUCUUUAUUACUACAUUUAUUUCUUCUCUUGUGGGAGCUGUACUUAUAAUUAAGUGAGAUAAUUUAACUUUCUUACUAUUAAAGACACUGUGAGUAGUUUGGAUUUUGUGUUCAAAUUUGAGAACAAUAGCCUCCAAUUUGUCCUUUUUACAUGGUUUUUACAUUGUGAUUUAUGCUGCCUAAGCCUUCAAAACAAGGUGCCCUAAUUUGUUAAAUGCAUACAACAGAAUUCUGAUCAAUUUUUUGUUGUUGAUUGCACCAUUGAUGAUACUCAAUUCAAGGUUUUGAUAAACGUUAAUUUAUUUCAAUUAAACCUCCCUGUGUGCCUUCAGAAAGUAUUCAUACA